AUGGACUCAUUAUAUACCAACUUUCUACGCUUUCCUACUCUUAUUCAUGCUAAUGCAAAACCUUCACAUUACGAAAACGAAAUGAAGUGGAGAUUUUAUAACAAGGACAUCAACUUACACACAGGAUAUGCUGAUUUCAGAUACGGUGCCUUUGUACCAAGAUGGAAAGUUCAAAAUUUUUUAACCCAGUUAGGUAAAUCUGGCUUAACUAAGGAGAAUCUUCGACAAGCAGAACAUUAUUUUGCUAUUUGGAUGAAUCAAUAUCCUUGGUUACUGAGUAAUCCACCUCUUUUAGCAAAUGGAGAUAAAGCAACAAAUCUUGAUAUUGCAUACCCUGCUACAUUAGACCAAAAUACCUAUGACGCUGUUCAACAUUUACAAAGGAAACUAGUUGCUGAUCAGUCAAAAACACCUCAUGACUAUUUUGAGAGAAUGGAAGAGCCCCCAUAUAUUGAAUAUAGAGAUGUGCGUUCUUCCUGUUCAAAUGAUAAAUGCUUAUUUAUGACUAACAUGGACCCUUUUGUUGCACCAAGCCAAGUUACUUUUGACUACCAAAAUAUAACCUCUAUUCUUACAUUAGAAACUAAGUAUGAUGAAUUAUCAACUAUACCAUCCACGGCUGAAUGGGAUGAGCAUUCUUAUCAUAGAGUCGUUGAUAAUGAUCCUAACACAUGCUGGAAUACAAUUCAAAGGCCUAAGAAAGGGGAUUAUUUUGGAUUAAUUCUAGUGGGAACUACAAAGACAAAUCGAAUUUUUAUUCAUACCACUAUGUUACGGCAUAUACCUGAGCUGUCUGUCUCUGUUUUAGAAAGUGAUAAUAAGUGGAUAAAUUGUAAAACAACUAUAACUGCAGAAAGAUCAAGUUCCUAUAUUCAGCUCAGUAUUAUUUGCCCCGAUAUAAAAUAUUUCAGGGCUAUCAAAGUUAGUUUUAUAAAGGACCAGUCUGAACCAUUCGAGAUUUGUGGUUUAUCACUGGAUAAUUUAUCUGUUUAA